AUGCUCUCCACCCUCCGAGUCGCCGGCCGCAAGGCUGCUUCGCGUGACGCUAGCAUGCGCACCGUCGUCGUUGGCGCCAGAAAUGCCUCGGCCUGGUCCAAUGUGCCUCAGGGCCCUCCGGAUGCCAUUCUGGGUAUCACCGAGGCCUUCAAGGCCGACUCCUUCAAGGAGAAGAUCAACCUGGGUGUUGGUGCCUACCGUGACGACAAGGGCAAGCCCUACGUCCUCCCCUCCGUCCGUGCCGCCGAGGACAAGGUGGUCGCUUCGCGUCUCGACAAGGAAUACGCCGGCAUCACCGGUAUCCCUACCUUCACCAGCGCCGCCGCCGAGCUGGCGUACGGCAAGGACUCCGAGGUCCUCAAGGACAACCGUCUCGUCAUCACCCAGACCAUCUCCGGUACCGGCGCCCUGAGAAUCGGCGGUGCUUUCCUGAAGCGCUUCUACCCUCACGCGAAGAAGGUCUACCUGCCCACCCCCAGCUGGGCCAACCACAACGCCGUCUUCAAGGACGCCGGUCUGGAGGUCGAGAAGUACCGCUACUACAACAAGGACACCAUCGGCCUGGACUUCGAGGGCCUGCUGGCCGACAUCAAGGCCGCCCCCGAGAACAGCAUCAUCCUGCUGCACGCCUGCGCCCACAACCCCACCGGUGUUGAUCCCACCCAGGACCAAUGGCGCCAGAUCAGCGACGUCAUGAAGCAGAAGGGCCACUUCGCCUUCUUCGACAUGGCCUACCAGGGCUUUGCCAGCGGUAACGCCGACCAGGAUGCCUUUGCUCCCCGUCACUUUGUCAAGGAGGGCCACAACAUUGCUCUGUGCCAGAGUUUCGCCAAGAACAUGGGUCUCUACGGAGAGCGUGUCGGUGCUUUCUCGCUCGUCUGCGAGAACGCCGAGGAGAAGAAGCGCGUGGAGUCGCAGAUCAAGAUUCUCAUCCGUCCCUUCUACUCCAACCCUCCCAUCCACGGUGCCCGUGUCGCCUCGACCAUCAUGAACGACGCCGAGCUGAACAAGCAGUGGCUGGGUGAGGUCAAGGGCAUGGCCGACCGCAUCAUCGAGAUGCGCGCUCUGCUCCGCAAGAACCUGGAGCAGCUGGGCAGCAAGCACGACUGGUCGCACAUCACCAGCCAGAUCGGCAUGUUCGCCUUCACUGGUCUGAAGCCCGAGCAGAUGGAGGCUCUCGCCAAGGAGCACUCCGUCUACGCCACCAAGGACGGCCGUAUCUCCGUUGCUGGUAUCACCUCCGGCAACGUCCAGAGACUGGCCGAGUCCAUCUUCAAGGUUACUGGUUAAAAGUUGGAAAAGUCGUUCCUAUGAUAAAUAGAUCUACCGGGUCUUAGGGCCCGAUGUACUGAUAUCCGAUGUCUGUUACAUUAGCAAUUUUGAGUUUAUAUUAUGAAUCUCUUUAUCAGUUAGAAUAUAGGAUAUGUUUGAUGGCAUUUG